UUUCAGAAAAUGAUUUUUAAUUGAACAUGCCUAGCUUCGGGUUUUGAAUAAAGUGAUUAGGUGUUCUACUUCGCAGCCAUUUUGAGGAAGUGGUAUGAUUUCUAAUCAUUUCAUAAUCGGAAUAAGUCCGUUCACGUAAUAAUCUUUCAUAAUGGACGACGCUAUUACGGAAAUAACAACUCUUAAAUGCGGAACAUGUCUGUUUGAUGGGGUUACAGUUGAGCCAAAACAUUUUUGUGUGAACUGUCUGGAAUAUCUAUGCCCUGCAUGUGCACGAGAACACAGAAGGCACAAGUCAUUACGUGAACAUACAAUACUUGAAGGCAAUGAAUUUCCACAGGAUGUUUCACUAUUUGAAGAGAUGGAGAAAUUGUCAUACUGUCCGAAACAUCCAAAUGUAGAAGUCGACCAACACUGCCCAAGUCAUGAUGUUUUAUUUUGCUCGCAAUGUCUACAAAAGGACCACGGGCUUUGUGAACGAGUUAUAAACGUUGCAUGUUCUCUAGAAGAAAUAUCCGCAACUAAAAACCAAAGGGAACUGAUCAAUGAUCUUCUGACGAAGUCCAAAGCGAAACAAACUGAAUUAUUUAAGCAUUUAGAAGAAGCCCGAAUUAAUAUGAAUGCAGUUGAAAUUGAAAUCAAUAGUUUUAUUCAGACAUUGAAAGAUGCUGUACAGAACAUUGAGAAAAUAUUGAAUGAAAAGUUUACAAAUCUGACACAACCUUUUAAACAUUCUGUUGAAACCUUGUCGAAUAUUGUCAAAAAAGCAUCAUUUUACGAACAUAUGCAAGCGAUAACGUCGAGGUAUGGUACAGCAAAACAGAAUGUUGCUCUAAACUUCGCAUUAUCUGUAUUACGUAAGGAACUUGAAUCAAAUGACUCUAUUGAAUCUGUUUGUUCUAAACAAAUUCAAUUUCUUAAAAUAAACAAAAACAAUUUUCGGGAUCUAAUUAGCGAGUUGGAUCAAUGCGACGUUAUUUUGAGAUCUAAGGACGAACGGGCCUCCGACAUUUGCAGUGAUGAAGAAUCCCUGUAUGAAGAUGCUUUGGACCUUCCUGCAACGAAUAAACGAGAUGAAGCGACGCAAGUGGAACAACUAAUGAUUGCUCAUGAAUUGGGUCCGAAGAGACCUUUGCACCGUUUGAAUGUAACGCAUGACGAUAUACGAUUGAUAAAGAUUGAAAGCCAAAAGCCUGAAGAAAUACAGUGUUCUAUUGUAGCACUUCACGUUUUACCUGACGGAAGAAUAUUAUUAUAGCAACAAAGAAACAAUUUGAAACUACAUUCACGCACAUUACCAUUAAUCUCAAAACUCCAGUUGAAACACAAUGUUAAAGACAUGUGUAUUAUUGAUCAAAACAGAAACGGAUUAUUGACAAUAGCUGUUUGCUUUGAACAAUCACGAACAAUAACGUUCAUAGGACAUGAUGUCACAUUUCAGGAGAGGCACACUAUACAUUGCAGUAACAAUGUCGUUAGUAUAUCAAUGUAUGUUCACCAUUUGGUAGCCCUUGUCGAAACGAAGGGUUUAAAAUCAUCCUAUGAAAUUCAGCUUCUGGACAAAUCGACUGGUCACGCUUGUUACGCAUUUGAUGAAUUCAAAGGAAUAAAUUACAAACACAACUGGCAUGGAACAGAUGUGGCAAUUGAUAAUCCUACACGAAUAUAUGCAUGCACAACCACUUUGAAACUUAUAUUAGCCGAUGCAAUUACAGUUUACAUCUUUAAGAUUGAAGAUGGUGAUUGUAAACACCAAACAUUGAGUGCAGUAGGCCAAUGCGUGUGGAAAUGUAUUGAAGCGUUCACCCCCGCACCAAAUCUUAACAAUUUAAGAGAUGUAAAAUGUGAUUCACAAGGAAAUGUGUAUGCUCUAACAAAGUCACAUUUAUAUCAGAUACC